AUGUCCCAAGACCCCCGCCUCAAACCAUUCCACCAUCUCCAAACCCCCUACAAAACCUUCCACGAUAACACCACCAACACCCCCCAAGAAAUCCAAACAGACAUCCUCAUCCCAAAGACCAUUCCCAACCCCAAGCCCCUCCCCAUAAUAGUCUACUUCCACGGGGGAGGCCUAAUAUGCGGCUCCUCCCUCCACCCCGACUGGUUCCCAACCUACCUCCUCGAGCUCGCCCAAACCACGCCAGCCAUCCUCCUCGCCCCGAACUACCGUCUCCUCCCGGAGGCCACCAUCCACGAGGUGUUCAGCGACGUCCUCGACUUUUGGGACUGGGUGCACGCCCCCGCGGCCAGCGUUGCCGCGCUGCUCGCCGCGGUCCCUGCCCCCCAGAAUGCCUCGGACCGGCUCGCAGUUGACGUCGCCCGCGUCCUCGUGGCGGGCGGUUCCGCCGGCGGGUAUCUGGGACUGUGUCUGGCGCUGCGGGUUCCCGAGCAGAUCCGCGGGGUGGUCGUGGGGUAUCCUGCUUUUUUGGGGGUAGCGUCUUCUGCGGUGGCGUCUGCUGCAGCAGCAGCAGCAGCAGCAGCAGCAGCAGCAGCGGAGGGAGCAGGGUCUUCCUCGAACCGCCGCCCCGUCCGCACCUCCACGACGCCCCCGGACCGCCUCGACCUGAUGAACGCGGCGAUGCGCACGGGCCGGAUGGCCGAGCUGUUCGCGCGCGGCGUCGACCCGGCGGCCCACGACCCGGACCGGACCCUGCGGUAUCCGAUGGAGAGGCUGGAUGAGCCAGCCCCCAGAGUUCCGCGGGGUGGGAUUGUGAUCUUGCAUGGGCGGGAGGAUGAGGUCGUGUCUGUGGAGGAUAGUGUGCGGUUCGUUGGCAAGGCGAGGAAGGUUUUGGGGGCGGGGAAGGUGGUGGUUGUGGUGCGGGAGGGGGGGCAUGGGUUUGAUACACCUGUAAAGCUUGGGGAGGGGUGGUUGGGGGAGAGUUUGAGGGGGGUUGUUGGGGGGUGGUUAGAAAUUGGGAGAUUGAGUAUAUAG